UCCCCUAACCGCUGGAGCCUCGGAUCUGAGAGAGACUGGUCGCCUUUUCCCUCUCCUCUCCUCUACUCUUUUUUGCCCUGUAGGUUCUUCAUUAACCCUUCGACUGGUGUAGCUAAUAAAUAUCCCAUAAUUAGUUCUGUCUGGAUAUACAAGGCGACCGCAAAGAAUCAGGAACAUGUUUUUAAGAACUUUGAUGGAUUUAUGAAUGAAAACACCUGCAUAUUGAAGCAGUUUCUCUCUCCAUAUCCUGCAACUUAUUCGGUGAUUUUGUGAAUUCUGCCGUACCGAGUGGAGAAAUGUGCUCGUGAGGAAGGGGAGAUGGGUCUUGUUGCGCUGUGACAUGCAUCGACUCUACCCGGUCAGAGCGAAAGCGAGUUUGUUUUGAGCGCAAGUUCGGUGGAGGAUGAUGAGAACGGGUCGUCCUGCUGAUCGCGUGCAGCUGUUGCUGCUGCUCGCGCAGCUGGUCCUGAUGCUCUCGCGGCCCGGGGAGGCUUGCCCGCGACCGUGCUCGUGCCAGCAACCUGGAGAGGUGCACUGCACGUUCCGCUCCCUGAUGGCCAUUCCCGCGGGGAUCCCACGGCAGGUGGAGCGCAUGAACCUCGGAUUUAACUCCAUCAGUCGGAUCACCGACUCCUCUCUGGUCGGACUCAGGAAGCUCGACCUGCUCAUGAUGCACGGGAACGACAUCCACAACAUUCCCGACGGUGCAUUCCGAGAUCUCAGUUCACUCCAGAUGCUGAAACUGAGCUACAACAAGCUGCGUGAGCUGCGUCGGGCCACGCUGUGGGGUCUGUGGAGCUUGACGCGCCUCCACCUGGACCACAACCGCCUGGAGACGCUCCACCCGGACGCCUUCCAGGGCCUGACGGGGCUGCGCCUACUGCAGCUGGAGGGCAACCGCCUGCAGCAGCUCCACCCUCAUGCCCUCUGCACCUUCUCCCUGCUGGGCCACUUCCCCUUCUCCACGCUGCGCCACCUCCACCUGGCCGACAACGCCCUGCGCGGCGUUUCCCCCGAGCUCCUGCGGGGGGCGCCCCUCCUGGAGACGCUCACGCUUCACGGCAACCCCUGGAGCUGCGACUGCGGCAUGCGCUGGUUCGGGGCGUGGAACCAGAGAGCGUCAGGUGUGUUGAAGUGUAAGAAGGACCGGGCGUACGAGGGGGGUCAGCUGUGUCCCCUCUGCUCCUCCCCCACCUCCCUCCAACAGAAGGAGCUGCAGCAGCUCGAUGACCUCACAUGCUCCGCGCCGGUCAUCAUCUCCGCCCAGCGGAGCUCCAUGCCCGAGGACACCGACAGCGAGGUCACACCCCCCGAGGAGUUCCGCCCAGCCCUAGGCAACGUCUCCCUGGGCCUGACGGACGAGCACGGCAACAAGGUGAACCUGGAGUGCAGCGUGCGGGAGAUGGACGGGUCAACCCGCGUCAGCUGGGCCCAGCUCGGUCCCGGUAGCAGUUCCAUCUCAGCCAACGUGUCGUUCUCCGUAGACCUGGAGUGCCCGAUGGACCGGGGCAACUACGAGCGUUUGUGGCGCCUGAUCGCCUACUACAGCGAUGUGCCGGCUCACCUGCAGCGCGAGGUGAUGCUGGAGAAGGAACCGAACCUCAGCUAUCGGUACCGGCAGGACCCGGAGCGCGAUGCACUCUACUUCACGGGCGUGCGGGCCAGCGUGAAGGCCAGGCCCAGCUGGGUCAUGCAGCCCGAGAUGGACCUGCAACUGAAUCGGCGCCAGUCCUCGGGAAAGCUAGUGCGGUUGCUGCUUAGCGCUCGGACCACACAGCACCUGGAGCCGAAGGAGGCCCGAGACCAGAACCGGGCCUGGGUGCUCAUUCAGAACCACAACCGCACCAGAACCGCAGUCACCACCGUGGUGGGUCAGUCGGUCGUGCUGGAGUGUAGCGUGACGAGCUCUGGUGACCCAGCGGUGGAAUGGGUUCUGCCGGACGGUUCGCGGGUGGCGGCUCCACACCGCGGUGCAAACGGGCGGCUGGCGGUGUCAGAGUCCGGCGAGCUGUCGCUCCGUGCGGUGGAGCACGGGGACGCCGGCCUGUACUACUGCGUGGCGCACGUGACUGGGGACUUCAGCGUGCUGCCCUUCCGCCUGGUGGUGGAGGAGUCAUCCAGCCCUCCGCCUGGAGGAGAGGGAGUGACGGCGCCCGCGUCGGGGUUCGCCGCUGACCGCGUGUUACUGCCCUGUGAGGCGUCAGGGUCGCCGGACGCCGAACGCCAUUGGAUCCUGCCGGAUGGCCACGUGGUGAGCGCCCACUCCAACGCCACCCCACGCGCCCUCCUUGCAGCCAAUGGCUCCUUGGUCCUCCCCCAUGGCCAGAUCUCUGACAACGGCUACUACAAGUGUGUGGCCCUCAGCGCCCAUGGCGUGGACACGCUCGCCACCAAGCUCACACUCUCGCGUCGCCAGGGGCGACCACUGCAGAGGCCCCCAGUCCGGCCACAGGGGGCCAAGGGGGUGUCCACGCGUGUGAGGCCGAAGCCCCCCCAGGAGCAGACUGAGAAGCGGGAGGAAGAGGAGGUGGUGGAGGGGGCAUCUGGAGAAGAGGGUGUCCAGGAGGAGGUGGAUCUGUCAGCGAGGCGCGGGGGGGAGGCCCCGUCGCCACGGAGACGGAUGAUGCAGGGAGGAGUGCGGGGUGGCGGGGGACACCCGUCACGGAACUCCUGGAGACGCCCAGGCAUGCAGAGGAAGCCCAUCAGGCCCGGUUCCCACGGCGCGGAGAGAGGCUCGGUAGAGCCGCCGUCACAGCCUCGCCGUCGGGUGGGUCUGUCAAACAAUCAGAUCGAUCCCGAGCGGUGGGCCAACAUCCUGGCCAAGGUUCGGGACAGAACCAAGGGCACCACGCCGAGUCCGCCUCUGACCACCACAGAACCACCCCUCACCUACGAAGCGACCGCUAGUAUGACACCAGAGCCAGUGUUCACCACAGAGCUCCCAGACGAGCAGGAAGAGGAGAAAGAGGAGGAAGAGGAGUCAGACACAGACACCACACUCCAAUCAGAACCCCCUACGACAGACAGCCCACUGGACUACCCAGAGGAGGACCAGUUUGAAGAAACUACCACUCCAGAUCCUAUCACAGAAAGCCCAACAGCCCUUAGCACCCUCUACACAGAGGUCCAGACUUCAGAACAAACAACAGAACCCCCUCUUGACUUACACGACCCAGAAGAAGAGAACCCAGACUUUACCACGGAACCCCCUCUUGACUUACACGACCCAGAAGAAGAGAACCCAGACUUCACCACGGAACCCCCUCUGGACUUGCACGACCCAGAAGAAGAGAACCCAGACUUUACCACAGAACCCCCUCUGGACUUAUAUGACCCAGAAGAAGAGAACCCAGACUUUACCACAGAACCCCCUCUGGACUUACACAACCCAGAAGAAGAGAACCCGGACUCUACGACGGAGCCUCCACUUGACAUCCGCUCCCUGUACGCGGAGGAACAGACACACGUCAUCUACCAGAUCUCAGAGCCCGACACGGACACCGACCUGUUCACGGAGAGCAUAAACACACUCGAGGCCACGGACAGUCCUCUCGUCAUCAGCACCUCUUCAACCGAUGUUGCCGAGGAUCUGCCCAGCGUAGAGGGGGACAGUUUGGGUGCUCAUGUUACCACGGAUACCCCACUCACUGUCGCUUUUCCUGCCACAAAGGGUAGACGCACACACGUGACUCAGGGCAGGCGGAAACACACUCCUCAGGACAGACGCACACACACACACACACUCACAACUCAGGCCAGAGACCGAGACCGACACACAGCAAGGGCCAAGGACACACACACACCUCAGACAAGACAAAGACAGAUAACUCAGGGGAGAAACAGACAAACAGCUCAGGGAAAAGACAGAGUUAAAACCCAGGAUGGACACAGACACACUACUACACAGUCUGGACAAAGACUCAGCGCUGAAGGUAAUCAGAAACAGACAACACCAACCGGCCAAAGCACUGAGGGUCAGCUAAGACAUACCACUCACACUGGCCAGGAAGAACAAAGACACACAAUUCAAACUGACCAAAGACUUAGCACUGAAACUGGCCAAAAACAUACCAAUCAAACUGGCCAAAAAGUCGAUACUGAAAGGGAUCAAAAACAUAAAACUGGCCAAGAUAGCCAAAGACACACAACUCAAACUGACAAACGACUCAGCACUGAAACUGCCCAGAAACAUACCACUCAAACUGGCCAAAAUGGCCAAAAACACACAAGUAAGAGUGGCCAAAGUUUCAGCACUGAAAAUGAUCAAACACGUACCAUUCAAACUGGCCAAAGAGUCAACACUAAAGAUGAUCAAAAACAUACCACUCAGAGUGGCCGAAGAGUCGAUAGUGAGACUGAGGAAAGACAGUCCACUCAAAUUGGCCAAAGAGUUCAUACAGAGGCUGAGGAAAGACAGUCCACUCAAAUUGGCCAAAGAGUUCAUACAGAAGCUAAGGAAAGACAGUCCACCCAGACUGGCCAGAGACAUGCCUCAAGAGGAAGGGGAAGACACAGAACUCAGGGUAGGCAAAGAGUUCCUGCUCUAAACAGACAGGGAAACAGGAAAUCCAGUGUUCAGGAUAAGGAAGAGCAGGAAAUACCCCGCAUGCCGCCUCAGAUAGAGGGCAGGCUGGGAGUGUCAAGCACAGACAAGGGGGUGCGCAGUGAGCACGAUCAGGGAGAGCGCCCUCUUCCACGAGGCCAAGGAGAGCGUAACUUUGAGGGGAUGACACCUCUGCAGCUGCCCAGGACUCCCCCCACGGCCACCAGCUUUGCAGUGAAGCCAUACACCCGCCUCGCAACUCACCCAGCCACCCCUCACACCACUACCCCCACCCCUACCCCUAGCACCACCCUCCUUUCUAGUUCCACUCUGGGUUCCAUUACCCCCAGUUCCGACCCAGACCCCUCCUUCUCCUCCUCCGGCUCCGACCCAUCUCCCCAGGGCAGGGGUUCCCGGCGACGGGGUGGGGGGGGCAAACGCAAGAGACCCGGACGUGUCCGUAACAGGCCAAACGUCUCCCAGGCCCCUGAGCUCGUCAGGAGCCAUGCACAGCCCAUCACCCCCGCCUCCUCCUCCUCCUCAUCCUCUCCACUGGCAGGACCCACGGUGGCGUCCAAACCCAGAAUAGAAACAUCGGGGUGGGCCAAGAGUGCAGCUGCCAGCCCCGGCUCGGCUAUUCCACUCACCGAGGGCCAGGCACCGUCAUCAGGCAGAGUGAGUCACAGGCACAACACUGACUCUUUAUCCAGCGCAGGGAAAGACCCGGCAUCAGGGAGAGACAUGGCAGAAAAGUCCUCAGCCUCAAAGCCUGACAAGGAGGAGAGAGACAUGGCAGAAAAGUCCUCAGCCUCAAAGCCUGACAAGGAGGAGAGAGACAUGGCAGAAAAGUCCUCAGCCUCAAAGCCUGACAAGGAGGAGAGAGACAUGGCAGAAAAGUCUUCAGCCUCAAAGCCUGACAAGGAGGGGAGAUAUCCAACCACACAGUCCCCAGUGUCACAGCCUGAGCUAGAAGGGAAGGGGAGAGACCCGGUGGCACAGUCUCAAGCAUCCCAGCCUGCACAAGAAGGGGAGGGGAGAACAUCACAUGUUUCCACCACAGCCUCCCGAGCCUCACAGGAUACCUCUUCACUGGCUGCCUCUACGGAGCGUCUUUCCCCUCUAUCUCCUGAGUCCAGCUCCCCGUCUGAGUCAAGUCGUCAGGAGGGGGUCACAAGCUUCCAUUCACCUGCUGAGAAUCCGCUUGAAAAGACACACAGGACACUUGACAAGUCCUCCAAGAGUUCUCAUACACACAUACAACCAUCACUCACACAUCUACAGACAUCUCAUACACACAGGAAGACCAAUCACACGCACACAGACAUAUCUCUCACACACACACACACACAUACACAGACAUCUGACACAGACACCAGAGUAGACCCCAUCACAGCAGAUCAGAACCCCAGUAGAGGUCUGGGUCAGACAACUAUUAACGAGGUUGACCAAGAACGUCGGGUUACCAUGGAGAAGCCCACAAUUACCAGAGAAACGGGAACCAUCCAGGCCCAACCCAAAACAUCCUCGGAUGGACAGACCCUCUCUGGAAGAACCUCAGCUGCUGCCGAGCAAUCAGAUCCUGACACAGACAAAGGGAGAGCCUCUCCUCCACGGAGAGUUAACAUGGCUAAAACCCUGCCAACCACUCAACCCUCUAGGCCAUCCAACCCCAACCCCAAACACACCACUUCCAUCACCACUACUGCUGCUACGCCCAGGGCAAGGCCACGUGUGCCCAUAUACCCAGACACGUCUAACACAAGAGCAAGAGGUGGCACCACGGACGGCCUGAAUCAGAUACAGGACACUCUCAGAGAGGGGGCCCCUCCCCUAGACUUGCCCAGAGCACAGAGCCCCAACCCAGGACAAACACACACAGGACAAACUAACCCAGGACAAACUCAUACACACACUGUACACAGCUCUAACCCAGGACAAACUCACACAGACACAGCUCACAGCCCUAACUCAGGACAAACUAACCCAGGACAAACGCACACACACACAGCACACAGCCCUAACCCAGGACAAUUUAACCCAGGACAAACGCACACACACACAGCUCAUAGCCCUAACUCAGGACAAACUAGGCCAGGACAAACUCGCACAGACACAGCCCAUAGCCCUAACCCAGGACAAACUCUCACACACACAGUACACAGCCCUAACCCAGGACAAACUCACACAGACACAGCUUAUAGCCCUAACCCAGCACUAACUAGGCCAGGACAAACUCACUUGCACACAGUACAUAGCUCUAACUCAGGACAAACUAACCCAGGACAAACUGAUACACACACAGUGCAUAGCUCUAACCCAGGACAAACUAAUCCAGGACAAACUCACACACACACAGUACACAGCUCUAACCCAGGACUAACUGACCCUGGACAAACUCACAUGCACACAGUACAUAGCUCUAACCCAGUACAAACUAACCAAGGACAGACAUACAUUAACAGAGGCAGAGGUUCUAGCCCUGGACAGACCACACAAACAGAGUACCGUCCUUACCCAGGGCAGUCUAAUGUUCAGAGAGAGAGAGUGCCUAGUCCAGAUCAGACUGGUAUCCAUAGAGACAGAGUUCCUAGUCCAGAUCAGACUGGUAUCCAUAGAGACAAAGUGCCUAGUCCAGAUCGAACUGGUAGAGAGAGAGCUCCUAGUCCAGAACAAACUGGUAUCCAUAGAGACAGAGUUCCUAGUCCAGAUCAGACUGGUAUCCAUAGAGACAGAUUUCCUAGUCCAGAUCAGAUAGGUAUCCAUAGAGACAGACUGUCUAGUCCAGAGAGACCAUCUCUCCCCUCUGGUUCUGUUCUCAGACCCGACAGCUCUCCUGCCAGGCGCACCACACCUGUCCCUCCCACCACCCACGUGUCCCCUACCCGUCUUGUGCCCCCGCCCAAGAUACCCCCCUCAGGUGGAACUGCUGCCCGGCCCCAGAGCCCAGAUGCCUCCCAGCCAAGCCCAGCUGUGCCCACCACCCAUGGGAAGAGCCCAGAUGCCUCCCAGCCAAGCCCAGCUGUGCCCACCACCCAUGGGAAGAGCCCAGAUGCCUCCCAGCCAAGCCCAGCUGUGCCCACCACCCAUGGGAAGCCCCGGAUAUCCUCCACUGGUGUCUCCACGGUGACGGUGCCAGCGGAGGCCGAUGCCCAUCUGCCCUGUGUGUCGAGCGGAGAGCCGAGGCCCUUCCUCUCCUGGACCAAAGUCUCCACAGGUGCCAGUGUGGCCCAGAACACUCGGAUCCAGCGCUUUGAGGUCCACUCCAACGGAACCCUCAUCAUCCGGAAAACACUGCCGUCAGACCGGGGCCAGUACAUGUGCAGCGUGCAGAACCAGUACGGGGAGGACCGGGCCGUGGUCUCGCUCGUGGUGCUGUCGGAGCACCCCCGGGUUGUGAACCCUAAGUACCGGGACACCACUGUGCACAUGGGCGAGUCCGUGGACCUGGAGUGCCAGGCCAAGGGCCACCCAACCCCGCGGGUCACCUGGGUUCUGCCGGACAGAGGGAUGGUCCACACGGGGGCGCUAUCGAGCGCAGGCAGCAAUUUCCAGAGGGUGGCGCUGUUCCCCAACGGCACGCUGCGCAUCACCCAGUCCAUCUACACAGACCGCGGCAUCUACAAGUGCAUUGCCAGCAACGCGGCAGGUGCCGACUCUGUCACCGUACGCCUGCACGUCUCCGCACUGCCGCCCACCAUUCUACAGGGGCGCCAUGACAACAUCUCGCUGCCCGAGGGAAGCUCCGCCUACCUGCACUGCUCCGCUCAAGGCACCCCACCCCCCACCGUCCGCUGGACCAGCCCUGACAACACGCAGCUUCGCCCCUCCCAGUUUGUGUCGGGACGGAACCUGUUUGUGUUCCCGAACGGAACGCUGUUCGUGCGGUCCCUGGGUCAAGCCGACAGUGGACGCUAUGAGUGUGCCGCCACAAACACUAUUGGUGCAGCCUGGAGGGCCAUCAGCCUAGUGGUCAUACCGGCGACAGCCUCGCUCCGCGCACACAUUACCUUCUCCUCACCCCAGAACACACAGGUGGGCUACGGCGCCCAGCUGCGACUCGACUGCAUAGCUGCCGGCAAUCCAGAACCCAGGAUCAUCUGGAGGACCCCCUCAAAGAAACUAGUGGACACCCAGUACAGCUAUGACCCUCGAUUGAACGUCUUCCCCAACGGCACCCUGGUUCUCCAGCCGAUGACGGAGAAGGACGAGGGCGACUACCUCUGCGUGGCUAGGAACAAGAUGGGCGACGACUACAUCCUGCUGCGCGUAGCCGUUGUUACCAAGCCAGCCAAGAUAAUGCAGAAGUCGUCGCUCAGUCAGGAAGUUACAUACGGCUCAGACCUCAGAGUGGACUGUGUGGCAUUGGGUCUGCCCAACCCAAAGAUCCAGUGGGCCUUGCCAGACGGAACCAUGAUCAACAGCAUCAUGACCUUUAACCCCAGUGGACCUGGUCGCUCACGCCGCUACGUGGUGUUUGACAACGGAACACUGUUCUUUAACGACGUGGGCAUGCGGGAGGAGGGUGACUACACCUGCUACGCUGACAACCAGGUGGGCAAAGACGAGAUGAAGGUCAGAGUGAAGGUCGUGUCAGAUGCACCAAUCAUCCGAAAUCAGACGCAGGGGCCGGUGCGCGUUCUCUACGGCGAAUCAGCCUCACUACGCUGUGAGGCGAAGGGAGAACCUAUUCCCACAAUCUUGUGGUUCUCCCCCGCCAGUCGUACCAUCCCCACAUCUUCUGACAAGUACCGCAUCCACUCAGACGGAACCUUGGUCAUCCAGAAGGUUCAGCGUCUGGACGGGGGGAACUACACCUGUCUGGCUCGGAACAGCGCUGGACAGGCCCGCCAGGUGACACGCCUGGAGAUUCUGGUUUCACCGCCGACAAUCAACGGGCUGAGGGGAGGGGCCACCAGCGCACUGGUGCGUGGUGUGACAGACCAGCGGAAGCUCCUGGACUGCGUAGCGACGGGGAUGCCGGUUCCGCGCAUCACGUGGGUUCUCCCCAACAACGUGAUUCUGCCGGCGCCAUACUACGGCAGCAGGAUGACGGUGCACCGCAACGGAACGCUGGAGAUCCGCGGGCUGAAGCGCAGCGACGCAGCGCAGCUGGCGUGCGUGGCGCAGAACGAGGGUGGAGAAGCCCGUCUGCAGGUCCUGCUCGAGGUGCAGGACCCCGAGGAGAGGCCACCACCUCCUCCUCCACCCCAGCAGAGACCCGCCCUGCCUUCAACCCCCCUGCAGAUCCCCAAAACGGACACUCGCCCGCUCACCAUCGGCGCCCCGAUUCUGCUCAACUGCUCCCUGGCGGGUUCCCCCCCGGCUCCCCUUACCUGGGUUCUGCCCAACGGUUCCCCGCUGGCCAGCGGAGCCCGGUACUCCCGGUUCUACCACCGGCCAGACGGCAUGCUGCUCAUCAGCAACCCGACGCUGUCGGAGAGCGGGGUGUACAGGUGCGUGGGCCGCAGCAGCGCGGCCACGGGGACGCUGGUGGAGCGGAGUGUGGCGCUGGUUCCAGAGCGCCCCCCGGAGAUCAGCAGCCGCUACAGCGCCCCGAUCAGCGUCCUCGUCGGCGCUAGCCUGCAGCUGCACUGCCAGGCCAGACAGGGCGUCGCCCCUGUGCGGCUCAGCUGGAAACUGCCCACUGGUGUGGUUAUGACCCAGAGCCAGCGCGCCGGCCGCUACAACGUCCUGCCCAACGGAACGCUGUCCAUCUCGCAGGCGUCGGUGCACGACCGUGGCUCGUACGUGUGCCACGUGGCUAACGAGUAUGGCAGUGCCACCCUCACGGUGCCCGUCAUCAUCAUCACCUAUGCGCCACGCAUCACCAGCGGCCCCACGCUCACCACGCAGGCCCGACGCGGCGUCGCCGUGCAACUCAACUGCGCCGCCACCGGGCUCCCGCGCCCCGAGAUCGCCUGGGAGACGCCCGACCGCACGCGCCUGGUGGUCAGCCCUCAGCCACGCCUCUUUGGCAAUAAGUACCUCCACCCCCAGGGGGCGCUCAUCAUCCAAAACCCCUCCCCCAGCGAUUCUGGCUUCUACCGCUGCACAGCACGCAACGUCAUCGGGGUCGACUCUAAGGGCACCUACCUGCGUGUACUCUAGAACUCUAGAACUAAACUCCAAUGUCAUUGGGAUAGACACAAAGGGCAUCCACCUCGAAAUGUUCUAGAACUGUACUCCAACAUCAUCAGAGUCAACUCAAAGGGGACCUAUUUGUGUGUGUUCUAAAAAACAUCUUCUGAGUGUUCUAAGGAUUCUUUCCUGUAUUCUAAAGAUUCCUGCACAUGUUCUAAAAGUACUUGCUUGUGUUGUAAGGAUACUUGCUUGUGUUUUAAAAGUACUUGCUUGUUUUUUAACAAUACUUGCCUGUGUUCUAAGGACACUAGCAUAUGUUAGAAAGAUAACUGCACAAUCUUCCAAAGACAUCUAUCCUCCAAAGAUUAUAGGCAUAUGUGUGGAUUAUUGUCUAGAAAAAAAAUGAUCAUGCUUCGAAGACUUCUGUGAAUUCUCAACACCUACACAUAUUUGCUAGACGAGCAAGCCCCAGAGUCCUCCCCGUGUUCCUGGGCCCCUUGAUCCGAUUUCAAGAGCAGAACCGCCUCUAGCUGACAGCCAGAGCAGCAGCCCGGUCGAACAGAGCAAAGCAGAGCAGAGCAUAGCAGGCUUAUCAGGUCUCUGUGGUGGGACGGCUGUUAGUGCUUGUUUGCAGUUGGAAUGUCCUGACUUUAUUGGACGCAUAGUAGUGCUGUGCAGCGCGAUGCAACGCAACAUUUUGUCAGACGCCCCGUUUCUAUUUUCUCUAUGUCGCUCACGUUGCUCUGCUAUUUUGAAUGAGAAAUAUGACGCAAUAGAAGGGCAUAUUUAACGAAUUCAGUGUAGACAGAUAACAUUGAAUGCUACAAGACAGUCGCUCGCUAGGAUCCGGUCGGGACACCCUGUCUGGCUGUGUGGUGUGAGCACUGCUGCUGGAGCGGAAGUGACAUUUCUCCUACAUGUGCAGAGUGCAGCAGAGGAACAUUCUUCUUUCUACUGAGCAAAAUGACAAAAUUAUGACAAAAUUAAAGCAACACCAAAGAGUUUUUUGUACCUUAAAAUAAUGUUUCCAAAAUCGUUUUAGUGGUUCAUCAACUUGUAACAGGGU